AUGAACCGCUUGGCAUUCUUAGAUCAAGAAGCGCCAGAGGGCUACGUUGCUGGUAGUGCUAGAGGGGCAGUAAGCUUUAGCACAGGAAUAGAAACAGUCAAUAGCAACAGCAGAAGCAACAACAAGAGUAAUAAAUAUAAAGACCAAAAUAAUAAUAAUAAUGUUGAUGAUAAUGACAAUUCUGGCCUGGAGUUUAACAACCUCGACAAUGAUAACGAACAAGGUUUGCUAACAUCGCGAAGACGUGACCUAGAGGAAGAAGAAGAGGAUAGAGUAUACGAAGAAAUUGAGAGGAAGUUGCAAGCCAAAAGAAAAGCUUCGCAAUUGGUAAAGUCACCAGCAGUCCAGGAAAGUAAUCUUAAAAGGCCUCAAUUUAAUGAUUUGAAAAGACAAUUGGCGACAUUAACUGAAGCCGAGUGGGAGCUGAUUCCAGAAGCUGGAGAUAUGACACGAAAGAAUAAGAGACAGCGAAUACUUGAUCAACAGCUGCAGCGACUUUAUGCAGCACCUGAUUCUAUCUUGGCCAGAGUUGGUGGUGAGUUUAAUGGAACCAAUAAGAUUGACGGUUUGGGUCACAUAGGAGCAUCGAAUGUAAACCUGGCUGCUAAUGAUAAAACACAUGCAUUGAAAGCCCAGUUGGACGCUCUUUUCCCCGUGAAAAAUGUCCAAAAAAAUAAUGUCCCGAGCUCAAUCGAAUCUUUAGAUCUCAUGGACUUAGCUGGGGCCGAAAGGGACGCAAAAUUCGCUGACAUCAAAAAAGGAAGAUUGAUUCUUGCUUCUUUGCGAAAAAGCGAACCAUACAAAUCUAGCUCGUGGAUUUCCUCAGCGCGCCUUGAAGAAGAAGCCAAGUGUUUUGAUAAAGCUAGAGAUUUGAUAUUACAAGGAUGCCGUACUAUCCCGGGAAAUGAAGAAGUAUGGCUUGAAAAUAUCCGAUUGAAUUUUAAUGAUAGACAAUGUGCUAAGGCAAUAUUGAAAGAAGCUUUGAAUUUUUGCAACAAAUCUGAAAAGUUGUGGCUCAAGUCAUUUGAACUUGAAAAUGACGAUAGACUCAAAAAAAGAACCAUUAUGCGAGCACUAGAGUAUUUACCAAAGAGUGUUGAGCUUUGGAAAAAACUCAUUGACAUGGAGACGGAUGAAGCCAUGGCACGAAAAUUACUUGCAAAAGCCGUUGAUCUCUGCCCAGAAGAGUGGGAAUUUUGGUUGGGCUUAAUUAACCUUUCCUCAUAUUCAGAGGCAAAACAGUACUUGAACAAUGCACGAAAGGCAUUGAAUAGCGAUAUCAAAGUCUGGCUUGCUGCAUGCAAAUUAGAGGAAGGCGAGCAUUCUAAUAUCGAGCCGGUAAAGUUGUGCAGAUUGACAAAUAAAGCUGUAACGGAAAACAGAGACUUACCUCAAAGCCAGUGGUUCAACGCGGCUAUAGAAUCAUUUAACGAAGGCUUCCCUAAAACUAGCAAUGCUUUAAUAACGAGCGUUUUAAGUUCCCAACGAGCUUUGAUAGGAGUUGGAGCAGAAGCAGAGGAAAAUAAGAUAAAUUACCUCACAUCAUUAAUAGAUGAGGCUUCUGGAUUUAUAAAACAAGAUGAAAAGGAGAUUGCGUUGUUUAUUUUCGACUAUAUCGUUGAUUUAUCACCUGAUAUCCAUGUUUGGAAGAAACUAUUAGCUGCUAUAAAGAAUUCUCCUAGUGAUAAUCAUAACGUUUUGUUGUUAAAGUAUUACCAAAGAGCCAUUGAAUGCAACCCAUUAAACGUUGAUCUUUACCUUGCAUACUCCGAGGACUCUAUCAAAAUCAUUGGAGUAGACAAGGCUCGUGAAAUACUUUUGGAUGCUUAUGCAAAACUAGAUCAGAACGACGCAAUAAAACUUGCCAUAGUGGAAUUCGAAUUCAAUUAUGGAAGCCUUGACAAAGCCAAAGAAUUUGUCUCGCUGAUAGUCCAUCAUGAACCAACUACCAGUUCCAAACUAUGGUAUAAAUACAUUCACAUAUUACGCUGCGAUUCUGAAACACCCAUCACAUUAAUCAGUGAAAAGUGUCAACAAGCUUUGGGAUACUUCCCCAAAGAAUGGAAAAUACAUUUACAGUACAUUCAAGUUUUAGAAACCUCCGGUGAUUGGGAUCUUGCUCGUAAGGCUGCGACCAAAGCAACAAGGCUCUGUCCCAAAGUGGUCAACCUUUGGAUUGCACUUUCCAAACUAGAGGAAAAGCAAAACGUAUUGAUCAGAGCGAGGUCUAUCUUGGAUUCGGCGAUGUUAUCAAUACCAAACUCUCCGGAAUUGGCAAUUGCCAAAGUACAACUCGAAAAGCGUCAAAAUAACAUCACAGCAGCUCAAAGUCUUGCAAGCAAAAACGUUAAGCAGUUCCCUGAUGUUGCAUUUAUUUGGUAUCAAUACUUAUCAAUGAUUUCCAAAAUGUCUCUUCGGAAACCCGAAUUCGUUAAUGCUUUACAAAAGACCAAUAAUUCUGCAGAAAUGCUAAUGUACAUUGGGGUGUUUUUUUGGCAAGAUGGCAAAUUUACAAAGGCAAAGUCGUGGUUUGAAAGGAGUUUAGCUGCAGACGAAAAUAACGGCGAUGCCUGGGGCUGGUUAUACAACUACGUUCGACAAUACGGUACGAAGCAAGAACAAGAGAUAUGUAUUAAGAAUUUCGACGCUAAACUGAAAAGACAAAAGGACGGAUUUACAACACAAUAA